GGCGACCAGCCCGGCUGUUGCCCCCGAUGGGCGGGGGCGCGUCUGGGAGACGCCGGAGCCCCGGAAAACGCUAAGGACUUCUCCGUCCUCGGGUCGGCUCGCAGUUCGCGCCCCUCGGCAGUCCCGGAGACGCCGAGCGCCAGCUUCCCCGGAGACGCGCCGAAGCUACAGGGGCGGGCCGUCCCGAGCCGCUGCGCGCCGCGAUUGGCUGUUCUCGGCCAACCUCCAAGCGGAAGUGGAGGCGGCGGAAGUUGCGCGACGCCGCGGGAGGGAGUGUCGUGUGUAAACAGUGUCCUUCCGCGCGGGGACCUGGGAGAGCGCUGCCGAGGGUGGGGGCGUGCCUGGAAUUUGGGGGUUUCGCGGGAGCCCGCGAGAGGAGGGGACCGGGCGGGAUGGGGUGGCCCUGGACGCGCUGGCCAAUCGCCGGGCGGGCUCCCGCCUUGGGCGGAGGAAUCCCGGACAGUGAGGCGGCAGUGUCUGGGCCCAUGUGCUUCUUUGUUUACUAAGAGCGGAAGCAGUGGCGGGAGAGCGGUGGGGAGAUGGACCGGCCAGGUGGCGCGGACCGCCGCGAUGACUGGGGUUUAGGGGACCGGAGGAAAGGGGUGAAUCCUACGCCUGGAAGGAAAUUGGGGGCCCUUGAAUUCUGAGUAUGUUGUCUAGUCGGGGAAGCCAUCGAGAAAGGAGACUGGGGGGUUUAAUUAAGGCAGAGACGGGGAAUUUCCUGGGGGAGGACAGAGCACUGGGCAAGGCUCCCAGCUGCCAGGAUUCCCGAGAUCGGAACCAACUUGGAGAGGGAGUUCGUCCACGUUUGGGGAGAAGUAAGGUGAAGAAGUUCCUGCAGGAGUAUUACAAGGAUGAGGAAUUUGGCCGAAAGCAGUUUAAGUAUGGGGACCAAUUGGUUCAGCUGGCUCACCGGGAGCAAGUGGCGAUGUACAUUGACCUGGAUGACAUAGCUGAGGAGGACCCUGAGCUGGUGGACUCUAUUUGCGAGAACGCCAAGCGCUAUUCUCGGCUCUUUGCUGAUGCUGUGCAGGAGCUGCUGCCUCAGUAUAAGGAGAGGGAGGUGGUGAACAAAGAUGUCCUGGAUGUUUACAUCGAGCACCGGCUGAUGAUGGAGCAGAGGACCCGGGACCCCGGGGCAGCCCGAAACCCGCAGAACCAGUACCCUCCUGAGCUCAUGCGCAGAUUCGAGCUGUACUUCCAAGGCCCAAGCAGUAGCAAGCCUCGCGUGAUCCGGGAUGUGCGGGCUGACUCUGUGGGGAAAUUGGUGACCGUUCGUGGGAUCGUCACACGCGUUUCUGAAGUCAAACCCAGAAUGGUGGUGGCCACGUAUACUUGCGACCAGUGCGGAGCAGAAACCUACCAGCCAAUCCAGUCCCCCACUUUCAUGCCCCUGAUCAUGUGCCCAAGCCAGGAGUGCCAGACCAACCGCUCAGGGGGGCGGCUGUAUCUGCAGACGCGCGGCUCUAAGUUCAUCAAGUUCCAGGAGAUAAAGAUGCAAGAACAUAGUGAUCAGGUGCCUGUAGGAAACAUCCCACGCAGCAUCACAGUGCUGGCGGAGGGCGAGAACACCAGGAUCGCCAACCCGGGGGACCACGUCAGCGUCACUGGCAUCUUCCUGCCCAUCCUGCGCACCGGGUUCCGCCAGGUAGUUCAGGGGCUGCUGUCGGAAACCUACCUGGAAGCCCAUCGCGUGGUGAAGAUGAGCAAGAGUGAUGACGACGAGGCGGCCGUCACAGAGCUGAGCAGGGAGGAGUUGAGGCAGAUCGCAGAGGAGGACUUCUAUGAGAAGCUGGCGGCGUCCAUUGCCCCGGAGAUCUACGGGCACGAGGAUGUGAAGAAGGCUCUGCUGCUCCUGUUGGUGGGAGGUGUGGACCAGUCACCCCGCGGCAUGAAGAUCAGGGGCAACAUCAACAUCUGCCUGAUGGGGGACCCCGGGGUGGCCAAGUCCCAGCUCCUGUCCUACAUCGAUCGCCUGGCCCCGCGCAGCCAGUACACGACGGGGCGGGGCUCCUCUGGCGUGGGGCUGACGGCCGCAGUGCUCAGGGACUCGGUGACCGGAGAGGUGACCCUGGAGGGUGGCGCCCUGGUACUGGCCGACCAGGGCGUGUGCUGCAUCGACGAGUUCGACAAGAUGGCUGAGGCCGACCGCACAGCCAUCCACGAGGUCAUGGAGCAGCAGACCAUCUCCAUCGCCAAGGCAGGCAUCAUCACCACCCUAAACGCCCGCUGCUCCAUCCUGGCGGCUGCCAACCCGGCCUACGGGCGCUACAACCCUCGCCGCAGCCUGGAGCAAAACAUCCAGCUCCCCGCCGCCCUGCUGUCCCGGUUUGACCUGCUCUGGCUCAUCCAGGACCGGCCAGACCAAGACAAUGACUUGCGGCUGGCGCAGCACAUCACCUACGUGCACCAGCACAAUCGGCAGCCCCCCGCCCAGUUUGAACCCCUGGACAUGAAGCUCAUGAGGCGGUACAUCGCCAUGUGCCGGGAGAAGCAGCCCGCGGUGCCCGAGUCCCUGGCCGACUACAUCACGGCUGCCUACGUGGAGAUGCGGCGUGAGGCCUGGGCCAGCAAGGAUGCCACCUACACGUCAGCCCGGACGCUGCUGGCCAUCCUGCGGCUGUCCACAGCACUGGCGCGGCUGCGGAUGGUGGACACGGUGGAGAAGGAGGAUGUCAACGAGGCCAUCAGGCUUAUGGAGAUGUCCAAGGACUCACUCCUGGCUGACAGGGGGCAGGUGGCCAGGACUCAGAGGCCAGCAGACGUGAUCUUCGCCACCGUCCGGGAGCUGGUCUCCCAGGGCUCCAGCGUCCGCUUCUCGGAGGCAGAGCAGCGCUGCAUCUCGCGGGGUUUCACGCCCGCCCAGUUCCAGGCAGCCCUGGAUGAGUACGAGGAAUUAAACGUCUGGCAGGUCAACAACGCCCGAACACGAAUCACGUUUGUCUGAUCGCGAUGCUGGGGACACAGGGGAAGGGCACAGGGCACCUCCUUUCCCACAAGUUGCACUUCUUAUACUUUGCUAAUAAAAUGUGUGAACCGCGCCGUGUGGC